CUGCAUUUGCGUUUUUUACGUCAAAAUGACAUCAAGUCAAGUGAACUCAUCUCCAAAAUCCAGUUAUCAAUCAGGUUAUCAGCCUGGAACUUUUAAACCUAAAAAAUCUAAAUAUUGUGGAAACAACGCGAAUAAAAAUGGAAUUAAGAUAAUUAGUGAUCGUGUAGUGCAAUAUAACAGUGAUGAGAAAAGAUCAAUUGAAAAAAUAGUGAAAAAAGUGAAACUCCAAAGACAUGAGAUUUCCAAGACAGGUCCUGUCAUAAAUAUUGACUUUGACCUUCAAAAGGUUGAAAAGAAGAAGAAAAACUCAACCAGACGAUUGGGCCAUAAAUCACCCGGUAGCACUCAAAGUGGCUCUAAAAUCCUGAAAGUCAAUAAUAAAAAAACAAGUGAAAUCGUGCAAGUGAGCACAGAGGAAAAAAAGUUGUGGAUUAAUAUGCUAGAACAAGAUCUUGAUUUAUUCAAUCAAGUGAACUAUAUUGAAAAGAAAAAGGAUCUGAAAAAAAUACAGGCUCGCGAAAAACGUUUAAAACUCGCGGAAAAAAAGAAGGCCGACUUUAUCGCUCGCGAAAAACGUCGCGAGUUAGCUAAGGAAAAACAAAGACAAUUUAGAGCUCGCGAAUCAGAAAACAAUCGAUCCAAGGACAACACAUCGAAGGAUAUCAUCCCUGAGUCCAUGAUGGAAUUGGAUUCAUCGAUCGAGAUCAUUCCCAGCACUCCAUCAGUCAUCAAUUUAAUCCUGGAACGCGAGGGUGAAGAUGCUCAGCAUGGAUCAUUGAAUUUCGCGACCUCAACCCCGAAAAAACCGCGAAAAACUAUCGAGGAAAUCGAGGCCGUUCUAGUCGCGUUGGGCGCGAAUCUAGAACAAAGGAAUCGCGAGGAUGAUUACGAAGUGCGAUGCACUCCAACGCAGCGUCAAAAAGAGCUUGAUCAAAUUGCGAUGCAAUUGGAUCAAAGCGACAAUGAUGAUGAUGAUGAAGGAUUGGCCCUCCAGAGUCUUGAUUUUACCCCGUUAUCACCCAGUAACCGUUCGGCUUAAAAAUUUAUUAAACAUUUUUGUAUUUUUUGG